CUCCUAGUAGUUGUUUAACAAAGCUCAUAUACCAAAACAAGUUCUAGCCAUGGCUGCAUCUUACUCAGUGCCUUCAAUGAUAAUGGAAGAAGAAGGAAGGUUUGAGGCAGAAGUCGCGGAGGUGCAUGCAUGGUGGGGCUCAGAAAGGUUCAAGCUCACAAAACGACCAUACUCAGCUAGAGACGUUGUGGCGCUAAGAGGCACCCUAAGACAAAGCUAUGGCUCAAAUGAAAUGGCCAAAAAGCUGUGGAGAACUCUCAAAAUUCACCAAGCCAAUGGCACAUCCUCAAGGACUUUUGGUGCCCUAGACCCCGUCCAGGUCACCAUGAUGGCCAAGCACUUGGACACAAUUUACGUCUCUGGUUGGCAAUGUUCGUCCACACACACCAGCACCAAUGAGCCUGGUCCCGACCUUGCUGACUACCCUUAUGACACGGUCCCAAACAAGGUGGAGCAUUUGUUUUUCGCUCAACAAUACCAUGACCGCAAGCAAAAGGAGGCAAGGAUGAGCAUGAGCCGGGAGGAGAGGGCUAGAACCCCUUAUGUUGAUUACUUGAAGCCAAUCGUUGCUGAUGGUGACACUGGUUUUGGUGGCACCACGGCGACUGUUAAGCUUUGCAAGCUUUUCGUGGAGCGAGGCGCUGCUGGUGUUCACAUUGAGGACCAGUCAUCUGUGACAAAAAAAUGUGGUCACAUGGCUGGGAAAGUGCUUGUUGCUGUUAGUGAACAUAUUAACAGACUUGUGGCUGCAAGGCUACAAUUUGAUGUUAUGGGAACUGAGACUGUAUUGGUGGCUAGAACCGAUGCGGUUGCAGCUACAUUGAUCCAGACCAAUGUGGACACUAGGGAUCAUCAGUUUAUAUUGGGGGCUUCGAACCAAAAUCUUAGAGGGAAGAGCUUGGCUACCCUUUUGGCUGAAGCAAUGGCCGCUGGCAAAACAGGAGCUGAGCUGCAGGCCCUCGAGGACAACUGGACUUCAAUGGCACAGCUGAAGACAUUUUCAGAAUGUGUCACUGAUGCAAUCAAGGCCAUGAACCUUGGCGAACAUGAAAAAAGGAGGAGAUUGAGUGAAUGGAUGAGCUAUUCUAGUCCUAAAAAGUGUUUGUCAAAUGAGCAAGGGCGCGAAAUCGCUGAGAAGUUGGGGCUUAAGAACCUUUUCUGGGACUGGGACUUGCCUAGAACAAGAGAAGGGUUCUACAGGUUCAAAGGGUCUGUGAUGGCAGCUGUCGUGCGUGGAUGGGCUUUUGCUGACCACGCUGACAUUAUUUGGAUGGAGACUUCGAGCCCCAAUAUGGUUGAGUGCACCCAAUUUGCUGAGGGGGUGAAGAAUAAGCAGCCUGAAAUCAUGUUAGCUUAUAAUCUUUCACCAUCUUUCAACUGGGAUGCAUCUGGGAUGAAUGAUCAGCAAAUGAUGGACUUUAUUCCUAGGAUUGCCAAGCUUGGCUACUGCUGGCAAUUUAUUACACUGGCCGGUUUCCAUGCAGAUGCGCUUGUGGUUGAUACUUUUGCGAGGGACUAUGCGAGGAGGGGAAUGCUGGCUUAUGUUGAAAGGAUCCAGAGGGAGGAGAGGAACAAUGGAGUUGACACACUUGCUCAUCAGAAGUGGUCUGGUGCUAAUUUCUAUGAUAGGUACCUCAAGACUCAAAAUUCUGUAUGGAAAAAAAGUUCACGUGUUCAAGAAGAAGGCGAUCCUUAA